UCAUAGAUUUAUUACCAUACUCUAUGUAAAAAGGCCCACGCAAACCUCGCGGAAAAUAAUAAAAAUAGAAGCCAGUCUAUUUCUCAAUUUUCCGCGCGGAAAUUUCGGCGCGUACAUUCCGUUUCCGCGUCUGGUGUAGCCACUCUCGUUGCUUUCAACGGAUUAGAACUCUGCUGCGUCCACACCGCGUCCGCAAAGCAGAAUUUCCGCGCUUGGUGUAGCCACGGCGUUAAGGUUAGCCAUCACUCUGUAUUAAAUUAGGGAGUGACAAAUAAUUGAGUAGCUUGAGAAGCCUAAGUAUGGAUGAAAUAUCUCAUACCUAGUGAGAGGCCUGACUCAGUAAGCUUUUCAUUUUUGAAACACGGUUGUAAAGGAGAUUGCGACGGUGGUUAGACCAUAGACAUAUAUGUACAUAUGUAUAUAUAUGGGUUAGACAACGACACUUUCAAGAAACACAUCCCUGGUUGCUUGUUUCUCUCGCGAGAUCUGGCAACACUGGUGAACACAAAAUGUGGUUGUAUUGAACAAUUCCACUUUGCUGAUUUGCACCAAGUUCUCUUGAACAUUUCUGUGUGGAAAUGGAGCAUUUGUCAAAUAAUUUGAUUUCGUUCAACAAUUCAAAUUUAGCCACGACUUUGCAUAUCAGGCACAGAAGCACUGGAGUAGAGGACCUUGCCUCGCCAACUGUUAACACUGCCAAAAUGAUGUAAGAUAGAGAUGCAGAGGGCUAUGUAUUCCAUGGUGUCCUCAUUUACACAGAUUGCUGGCCGGUUUCCAUUUUGAAAGGCAGUUUGAGUCCUGGCUGGUUAACACUGUGAGAAAAAUAUUGGAUUUAACUACAACCCCAAUGCCACGAAAGAGCCUGAAAUCCCGUACAAAAAAGGAGCAAUGGAGAUUGCGAAAAGAAGGUGACAAAUCUUUUGAUACCAGUCAGACGGCUGUCAGUAGUGACUGUACAUCCUAUGAGAAAACAAACAACACUUCAUUGAGAGUCUUACACAGUCAAUCAGAUCUCAGCUUUUCAGAGUACAGCAGAGAAAGCCAAUGUCUUGCCCAUUCACUGAUGUUUCUUGCCCGCCUGCAAGAGACAGAUGAAGUGGUUCGAGGAAAUCUUGAUGAUGUUAUCAGAAAUGGAGACGUGUUGUACCAUCGAAUGAGACCCAGAUUGGAGGAAAAUGAGAGAUUCACCAGUAGGCUUUUCAAUUUUGAUGACCUGCCUGAUACAGUUGAGACUGACCAAUGCCAUUACACUGUGAUGAGAUCCAUUCCAUCGAGCGGAUUCUUACUGCAAGAUGCACCUGAGGGUUGGGAAGACUAUGUAAACCUCUCACUUCGGCUUGAAGGUCUUGGAACUGCCUAUUCACAGGCCUUGUUGAUUGUUGGCAGUUUGUGCAUAAGUGUUUUCCAAGACAGACAUGGCCAAUUUGGAUUUUUUCAUCCACAUUCUCAAAAUGCCAGUGGAGCAUGCUGUGGGAGGAAUGAGAAAGCUGUGGUGGUUACUUCCGACACGGUGACAGACCUGGCAAACCAAUUGGUGCAGUUCUUCUACAGUUCAUUGCACCUUGAUGCAGAUAAACAGUAUAAUCUUUUACCAGUCUUCUUUAACAAAGUAACAUCUGAAGACCAUAUCAAGGCAGUAAGUGCAAUAGAGAGUAAACGGAAAAGUGUGCCGCAUCGUUCUUCUCAGCCUAAGGUGUCCCUGAAACUUGACAAAUUUAGAAGAAAAAGAGUUGCUAGGAGACUGAGGAGGCUACAGAUGCAACAGGCACUAAAUGAAAAGAAGGAAAGAGGCGAGUUGGAGGGAGCACAGCACAUUAGAGAUGCUGAAGGAGAAGGAUAUCUGCUGCAUCCAUCUGAGAAGAUGACUGCCUCCACAGCCCAAUACUGGAAUGACCCUGCUGGCAGGCAGAGAAAAAAGCGAAGCUGUAGAAAUCAGUACAGGGAUAAUCCUACUUUCCAGGAGACAAAGAAACAGCGCAUAAGAGAACGUUACUGGCUUGAUCCUGUUUUCAAAGAGAGGCAAAAACAGCGCAUGAGAGAUCGUUACUGGAAUGAUCCCGUGUACCGGCAAAAACAAAAACAGCGUGUCAGAGAAUGUUACCGGACUGACCCCGCUUUCCGGUUGAGACAUAAGGAGUAUGCGAGAUUGAGAAACCAGUUUAAGGCCACUGAAAAUGUUUCUGAUCAGAUCAUCAAUGGCCAUAGUAACACAGAAGAAUGCCACUGACAAUGUUACUGGGUUGAUCCGUGAUGUGUUGGGUCAGUCUCAAAGACAGUGAUUUAGUUAGGUUUCAUUCAGUUUAAAUUUGCCUUCACAGUGCUCUGUUUUAAACCUUUACACACCUACUCUAUAUAAAUAAAGUCUUACUUACUGUUUUUUUAUUGAGUCAGAGUUGUGGAGAGAUCUGCUAAAUGCAAUAAAAUUCUCCAAUUGUUCAACAAUGAUAAUUGUUUUUGUGUGUUGCGAGACUUAUUUCACCAGUAGACACUGAUAUGGAGGAUUUCAGAGCAAGUAUUCUAAAUCAGUGUCAUUCUUUAUAAACCUUAAAGUGUGGAGGAUGGGUACAGUUUGUUAAAGGACCAAUAUGUCACACUGACAGCAAGUGUUUAAAAUGGGUACCGCAGUCCAAAUAAAAAAUAUUGGAGAGAUUUUUCUCUCACCGCCCCGUUCCCAAAACUUGAAGCUCAUGCAGGUUGCCAGGUUGAGGACACUGAACCUACUAGAACAAGCGCAAGACAAGCUCAACAUUAAACUAUUCCCAAUGGCAAGUGACUAGUCCGAAACUGUAAGUUGACCAGAUAAUGUAUAUGUUUGCAAUGUUUUUAUUGUUUGCAAAUUAUAAAUCAGACUGUGUCGAUUUUUGUAUAACUCUAAGCUUGUGUUAGCAUGACACCGUUAACCAGCAUUAGUCAGAAUCACUUCACCCGCUGUCUCAAAUACCACUGUGUUGAAAAGCCAGCGGCACACAGAUACAUUAUAUAUCUAUUACAUAUUGUUCCUUUAAUGCUUGAAUCUGACC